AUGAUCAGCGAAAUCACCAAAGAGCAAAGUGCCCGACGAAUUCAGCCUGUCACCAAGCACGAGCAAUCCGAACCAUUUGAGCAGUCCGAGGUCAAUGCAGCUCUUACUGUAGAUGACGAGUGCUCACAAGUGGACCUUGACACGAUCUACAUCACUGCAUAUGAAACUCCGGGCAGCGAAACAAUGGACGAAUCGUCUUACAGCCCACGGUCGUCUUACCGCGCAGAAUCGUCUCACAGCGACCUUUCAGCUCUUAGCAAGCGAUCUUCUGUCGAAACCGAGGACAUGGACCGGUGCAACCGUCGCGACCGGCGCCAGCUCAGUGAACCAAUGGCUGCGCAUGAUGAGCUCAAGCAGCUGACGAUUGGUCAGUGUGUUUUCGAAGUCGCUGAAGCCUCUGAGCCAGUCGGCGGCGGUGAAAGUGCUACUAUAGAUGGCACUCGCGCCGGCAAAAUAACCGACGACACUUCUUGCACGGAGCCGUCUUCUGAGGAAGAUGAAGUCAUGGACUGGUGCAACCGGCGCUACUGGCGCGAGCUCAACAAACGCAAAUAUAUGGCCGAGUCCGAGCAGCUGAUGGUCAUUCAGAAGGAUGUCGAAGACACUGAAGCCUCUCAAAAAAAACCCGGCGGCGAUGAAGCUAUUGCAGACGAUCCGCAAACCGGACAAACUACGGACAAAUCUUGCAAUGAGCAGUCUUCUGGAGAGGCCGAGAGAAGGCAAUGGUACGAGAAAAGCUACAUGCACGAGAUCGGACACCUGCCCGAGAAACGCCGGCGCAAACAGGCAAGGAUCCCUGCCGGGACUGUUUCUUGGGACGAAGUCGUGCGCCACCUCGGAUGA